GUCUCAUCCUUGUACGCAGCGUCCUCGCUGUCUAAGCAGGAAGUAAAGCAGAAGCUAAGUUCGGUCCGCAGGUGUUCUGAUCCAGGAUGUCGAUUUCAAACCCGAGACAGACCUUUCGGAACCCGAUGGUUCCCUUUGCUGGGACGAUCCUGGGCGGGUUGCUGCCCGGUGAGAUGGUUCUCUUUCAGGGCUCAGUGCCGUCCAACGCUGACAGGUUCCAGAUAGAUUUCACGUGCGGCAGCAGCAUGAAGCCGAGGGCCGACGUGGCGUUUCACUUCAACCCGAGGUUCCAGAAGUCUCCGUGUAUCGUCUGCAACUCAUUGCAGGGGGAGCGCUGGGGCCGAGAGGAGAUCCUGUACGAGAUGCCCUUCGCUGCCGGGGCCACGUUCGAGAUCAUCGUCCUCGUCCUGAAGGACAAGUUUAAGGUGGCGGUGAACGGAGGUCAUGUGUUGGAGUAUAAACACAGAGUGGACCUGGACCGGGUCGACACUCUGUACAUAUCUGGAAAGGUCAACGUUGAAGCUAUAGGCAUCCUCCCGAGCUCUAGUUCAGAUUCUCCUGCAGCCAGUCUGACCAGCCAGAACUCAGAGAUGAAUCAGAUAAUCUCCUCUUCAGGCGACUUGAGCGUUCCCUUCAGAGGUGAGCUGGUUAAAGGGCUGAGAGUCGGAAAAAGCAUCAGAAUUAAAGGAGAAACCAAUCAGAACGCACAGAGUUUUGGUGUAAACCUGCGAGUGUCCGGCAGCACUGACAUCGCUCUUCAUCUGAACCCUCGUCUGAAGAAAAAGGUCUUCGUCAGAAACUCCUUCCUGUCCGAGUGCUGGGGCCCCGAGGAGAAAACCCUGGCCUCCUUCCCCUUCACUGCGGGAAAGUACUUCGAGAUGAUCAUCCUGUGUGACUCUCAGCAGUUCAAAGUCGCCGUCAACGGGCUCCACCAGCUGGACUACAAGCACCGAGUCCAGGACCUGAGCCGCAUCAACCAGCUGGAGGUGCUGGGUGACGUCACGCUGCUGGACGUCAAGAUCCUCUGACUGUCGCUGGGCGUCUUUUCACAGAUUAUAACAUGUACUAACUUGUCAAAGGCGGGGUAAGCGAUUCUGGAGAAAUCCAACAUCAUGAUACAGUGCGAACGGGUUAGCAUACUGUCGUUACAGCUGCUGCGAAGCUAACAGGAAGCUAACAUGCAGAGAGGACGAGACGGCCCCAGAGCAGCACAGCAGCUCCAGACAGCGACACCAGCAGCUCUCCUGCUGCUACAGCUAACAUCACAACAACAGCAUGUCUCGGUGAACUAGAAAGUGGGAGAGUUAUUUAACAUUACUGACACACGAAUCGAAUCAUGGCUGGAAUAGUGUUGUCUUUGUAACUCUAUUAUCAGAGGCAGAGCUGAGUACAAACACCUGAUUUAUUUUCAGAGCUCGCAGAACAGGCAGCUAGCGGGAUGUGAGGAGAUACUCACUGAAUCUGACGUGUGUUGGAUUUGAAUCGCUGACUCCACCUUUAAAGUUAAAUAAUCACCUCCUUUUAUAAUCACUAACAGCAGCGUCAGACAGUAACAGAGCUGAAUAAUGAACAAACUGGUGUUUUAUAUUUCUGCAGGUUGUUGUCGUGACGGAUUUUGAUCAUGAACGUGUCUUUAAAUGUUCAAGCUUUAUCACCUCAAACCUUAAAGCUAGAAAUCAGAUGUGAAAUUAAGUGGUGUCUUUUAUUAAAACAGAAAAUGUCUUCAGAGUCUGAACCAAGUCACUGAGUAUAAACUGAUCUAUGCUUGUUGUUUCUCUUAAUGCACUUUAUGAAGGCUUUAAUUGUCAGAAUGCAUCAUGUGAGUUUAAGGAUGUAACCAAGUCAAAUAUAAAUAAUAAUAAACAAACCACGUGAAUCAGA